AGGAAGGCGCUCCUGCUGCUGAAGAAGAAACGAUACCAGGAUCAACUGCUGGACAAGACCGAGAACCAGAUCGGGAACCUGGAGCGCAUGGUCCAGGACCUGGAGUUCGCUCAGAUCGAGGCGAAGGUCAUUCAGGGGCUGAAAGUCGGAAACGAGUGUCUGAAGAAGAUGCACGAGGUGAUGUCCAUCGAGGAGGUCGAGCGGAUCAUGGAUGAAACUCAAGACGCCAUCGAGUACCAAAGG